CGGGGCGCGCUGCUCUCAGGGGCUCCCGCGCAGGAAUUCGCCUGGGCUUGAUGUAAUGUUCAGGUUCAGAAAUGCCUUAUGUGGAUCGUCAAAAUCGCAUUUGUGGUUUUCUAGAUAUUGAAGAAAAUGAGAAUAGUGGGAAGUUUCUGCGGAGAUAUUUUAUACUGGACACAAAAGAAGAUAGCUUGGUAUGGUACAUGGAUAAUCCACAGAACCUUCCCUCUGGAUCUCCACCUGUUGGAGCCAUUAAGCUUACCUACAUUUCAAAGGUUAGUGAUGCAACUAAGCUGAGGCCAAAGGCAGAAUUCUGCUUCGUCAUGAAUGCAGGAAUGAGGAAAUACUUUCUACAAGCCAAUGAUCAACAAGACUUAGUUGAAUGGGUAAACGUCCUAAACAAAGCUACCAAAAUCACAGUACCAAAGCAGGCUGAUGCACUGUCUCAGAAUGAUAAUUCAAAUCGCCAGGCUGAAAAUGUGGGGAUAAAGAAGCAGAUGUCUUACAGAACGGAUAUUGUUGGUGGUGUUCCCAUAAUAACCCCUACUCAGAAAGAAGAUGUAAAUGAUGGUGAGGGUGAUAAAAACUACUUGAAACAGUCCCAAAGCCACCCAUACUAUUCUGCUAAGCAUCCCCCAGAUAAUGCUGUGAUCAAAGCUGGUUAUUGUGUUAAACAAGGAGCAGUGAUGAAGAACUGGAAAAGAAGAUACUUCCAGCUGGAUGAGAAUACGAUAGGCUAUUUCAAGUCUGAACUGGAUAAGGAGCCUCUUCGGAUUAUACCGCUGAAAGAGGUUCAUAAAGUCCAGGAGUGUAAACAAAGCGAUAUAAUGAUGAGAGACAAUCUAUUCGAAAUUGUAACAACUUCUCGAACAUUUUAUGUCCAGGCGGAUAGUCCAGAGGACAUGCACAGCUGGAUUAAAGCAAUUUCUGGUGCAAUUGUAGCACAGCGGGGACCUGGAAGAUCAGCAGCUUCUGAGCAUUCCAACAAUUCUUCAGAAUCCAACUGGCCUGCAAAAGCAGCAGCUGCCCCCUCACAUUCCGCAGCCACUGACAACCCCCCUUUGGUCUCAACCCAUAACGUCAAGCCCCUUGUCUUGGAGAAGCGAAGAUUUCACGAAUCUUUUACCAAGGCCAAGCCAGGGAACUUCAAGAUCCAGGCUGUCCCUUCAAGAGACCCAGCUUCCAAAGUGACUACUGUCCAGGGCCUAUGGGAACCUCAAAAUAAAAACGGCACUCAGGAACCGGACCCUGGCCCAGUGGAUCUAGAUGAUGCAAGCCUUCCAGUCAGUUAUGUGUAAUAAUAGGAAGAGUUUGGAGAAUGAUCCAUUUGUUUUUGGUCCUUGAAUUUCCUUGCUCAGACUUCUAGCCAAAGAUGACUAUGGGAUGAAAGAACAAAGAUUUGAAUGUCGUUUAUGUAGAUCUGUAUGUUUGGAUACAUUCAAAUUUGCAUAUGUCUAAAUAGUCAUAUACUGCCUUGUACUGAUUAUCAGAGCUGGCCUUUUGUUUGUUUUUCUGCCGCCUGGUAAUAAAUCACUUUCUAAUA